AUGGCACGAGGCAGUACGUACCAGUCCGUCGCCAUUGGCGGCGUAGCCAGCGCACGCGCUGCGCACCCCAUCGAGAACGCCAACGUCAUUUCGAGGCUCUUCUUUGCCUGGGCGACGCCCUUGAUGGCCGUCGGCAACGCGCGGCCACUCGAUCCGUCCGACGUGUGGCCGCUGCAGCUGGAGAACCAGUGCAGCAUCGUUGGUCGUGUGUUUGAGCCUGUGUACAGCCAGAAGCACUCGAUCCUGUGGACCAUGGCGUCCGUGUUUGGCUGGGAUUUGCUGUGGAUCUUCAUCAUGCAAGUGGGCAAGGUCCUUGGCUCGCUCUACGGUCCGUACGUGUUGCAGCAGAUCGUGCUGUCGAUGGAAUCCCAAGGUGGCUUCGAUGCCACGUACUGCUUUCAUCUCAUUGGGUCGCUCGUGGUGGUGCAACUCGUGUCAGGGCUUCUGUCGGCCCAUUCCGACUUGCAAACGCAACUGGUCGUGGUCAAAGUAACGUCGGCACUCCAGCACUUGUUGUUUCAAAAGGCCCUCCGGUUGGACGCCACCUCUCGUCGCGUCAAGUCCACAGGCGAGAUCUCCAACUUAUUCUUGUCCGACAUCCCGUACAUUGUGUUUGUGUCGACCCAGGGCAACCAGAUAUUGAUUUUGCCCGUGCAGAUCGCGUUGAUUCUAUGGCUGCUCUACACUGUGAUCGGGUGGUCGUCGUUCGUGGGGGCGGCCGUGAUCGUCCUCACUAUGGGCAGCAACCAAGUCGUGUCGAAUGUCAUCCAAGCUUGCUUCCGCACCCUCAUGACCCAAAAGGACAUUCGCAUGAAAGCGAUCAACGAAACGUUCACUGCUAUCCAAGUCAUCAAGCUCAAUGCAUGGGAAGAGAAAUUUGCCGCCAACACAGCGUUGACGUACCUUGGGCCUACCCUCGUGACCAUCGUAUCAUUUGCUGCGUAUACGCUGCUCCAGCAUGCUACCCUUCCCGCGUCCACCUUGUUCACGGCGCUCAGCUACUUUAACAUGCUCCGCCAGCCGUUUUCCCUCCUCGCGAUGAUCACGUCCAACUGCAUGCAAGCGCUAGUGUCGAUGCAACGUGUGAACGAGUUCCUCGAACUUUCCGAAACCAACGCGACGUCGGGCGGCGUCCUCACGCCAGCCACCACCCCCAACGACCAACUCCAAGACUACGCCCUCGACAACGUCGCUGUGGCCAUUGAAAACGCCCGCUUUGGCUGGGACGCAGACAUAAACAAACCUCUGUUUAAAGACGUCAACUUGACCAUCAAGCGAGGGGAGUUUGUGGUCGUGCAUGGAUCGGUGGGCGAAGGCAAGUCAUCGCUGUGUGCCGCCUUGUUGGGCGAAAUGCACAAGUUCCAAGGCUCCAUCUUUGUGGGGGGUCGCGUCGCGUACUACUCGCAGCAAGCGUGGAUUCAAAACAUGACCAUCCGUGAGAACAUCCUCUUUGGCCACCCCUACGACCGCGUCAAGUACAACAACGUGUUGGCAGCGUGUGCGUUGUCGAAGGACCUGACGCUGUUUCCAGCCGGCGACCGGACCGAGAUUGGCCAAAAGGGGGUCAACUUGUCUGGCGGCCAGAAGGCUCGCAUCAGUCUGGCUCGGGCGUGCUAUAGCGACGCCGACAUUUUCAUCCUGGACUCGCCCUUGUCUGCCGUGGAUGCGAUCGUGCAAAACGAGAUUUUCACCAAGUGUUUUCUCGGAUUGCUGCGCCACAAGACAGUCCUCUUGGUGACGCACUCGCCAGAGAUCAUCGCGUCCAAGUUUAUCGACCGUAUUGUUGAAGUCAAGGACGGCAAGUUGAUGGACAAGGCUGUGCUAGGCCGAGAAUCCACCGACGACAUGCCGAGUUCGAUCGAUCCAUUGGCUGCUCGAAGGGGGUACCCCGUGGCCGGCGACGACGACAACCAAGUAUUGACCACUGACAUGCCCGUGUACAAGAGCAACGAUUACAACACGAUGCUAUCGCCAUCCACCCCUCAUCAUGGAGAGUCCUUCGACGUGUUUACUCCAGUGGGCCCCCAUUUGACAUUUGACGAGGAUGCUGAGGUAUCCGGUCAAUUAGUGCUAGACGAAGGGCGGACCCAAGGAAAGGUGUCGGCGGCUGUGUACAAAGCGUACGUGGAGGCUGCGGGGGGGUGGGGCACCCUUGUGGGUGUGGUGGGCGUGUCCAUAUUGAGGCAAGGGCUCAGUAUCGGCAGCGACUUGUGGCUCAGUGUAUGGACAAGCACCGUUCCGAUAGAAACCCCCCUCGAGUUUCAACAACACACGCCAUACUACCUCGGGAUCUACGCAGUGCUGGCCGUCCUCGCCGUGAUAGCCACCGCAGUUGCGACACUGGCCACGUACGGCGCAUGUGUGACAGCGUCCAAGACGCUAUUUAACCAGAUGACGGACGCAUUGCUUCGCGCGCCCAUGCGAUUCUUCGACAUGAACCCCGUCGGCCGCAUUCUCAACCGGUACACGACCGACAUUGGCGCGAUGGACGUCAACAUUCCGUUUCAGGUGGGGUCGAUGGCAUCCGUGUCGUUUCGAACGCUUUGCACCGUGGCCACAGCCAUGUACAUGACAUCGUACCUUGGGCUCCUUGUGCUGCCCCUCGUGUACGUGUACGUGUGGAUGGGGCGGUACUUUGUUAAGCCGGUUCGAGAACUGGAACGCAUCAACAAAACCACCAAGUCGCCGCUGCUCAACUUGAUGGCGGAAUCGAUUGAAGGGAUGCUGGUCAUUCGCGCGUUUGGGGACAACCAACGCCGCCGGUUCCAGCGCAUGCACUUUCGCAACGUCGACGCGACCAACGAGUCGAUGUUUGCCAAGGAAGUCGUGACCACGUGGUUCACACUGCGCAUCCAGUUUACCAGCGCGUUUGUUGUGAUGGUCGUGUCGGUGGCCCUGGUGAUGAUGCGAGAUUCCCUCAGCCCUGGGCUCGUCGGCCUCGCCCUCAACUACAUUUUCUCAAGUUUAUCCAUGUUAGAGUACCUCAUUCCCAACUUUGCGCAGUUUGAAACGGUCAUGGUCGGUCCGGAGCGGGUCGUGGAGUACGCCAACAUUGCGCCCGAAGCCCCACGUGUGAUUUCCGGCGCCGUGGCCCACGACUGGCCCACGAAUGGCGACAUUGCAUUUACCAACAUGAGUUUCCGGUACAAAGAGAACGACCCACUGGUGCUCAAGGACGUGAAUGUGCACAUUCAAUCGGGUGAAAAGGUCGGCAUUGUGGGGCGGACGGGGGCUGGCAAGAGCAGCCUAACUAUGGCGCUGUUCCGCAUCAACGAACUGGCUGGAGGCAGCAUCAAGAUCGACGGCGUCGACAUCUCCAGCAUCGGUGUCAAGACACUACGGAGCAGCAUUGCUAUUAUUCCCCAGACCCCCGUGCUGUUUAAAGGCCCGCUGCGCAACUACUUGGACCCGUUUGGCGAGUUUGGGGAUGCCGACUUGUGGGGGUGCUUGCAAAAGGUGCGUCUGGCCGACCGUAUCGACAGCGUGGAGGGCAAGUUGGACAGCCCCGUGGAAGAAAACGGAGAGAACUUUAGCGUGGGCGAGCGGCAGAUGCUGUGCAUGGCGCGGGCGCUGCUCCGCCAAGCGCGCAUUGUCGUGAUGGACGAAGCCACGGCGGCCAUCGACCACGAGACGGACCAGAACUUGCAGCGCGUGAUCCGCACCGAGUUUGCGACGUCGACGGUGCUCACGAUCGCCCAUCGUCUCGACACGGUGCUGGACGCUGACCGCAUUCUAGUGUUUGACCAAGGCCGGUUGGCCCAAUGCGACACCCCCGCGGCGUUGAUCGGCGCCGGCGCCGGCAUCUUCUUUGAAUUGUGUCACGAGGGCGGGUACUUGGACAAUGUCGUCAGUAGCCAAUUAGUCGAGUAGUUAGUUAGCUGUACGUACUUACAGUUAGUUGAAUGAAUAGAAGCAUGGUUAGUUUUAAAACCAAGCUACUAUAUAGAUCAAACUUUUCAAUGGGUA